GGUCUUGGAAGUAGUGAUGACAGAAUAAAGUUAAACUGGGCGUCUUGUUCGCGCAAUUUUCACUCGCGCAAUUCGUAAGAAUGUCUGGGAAUCUGAAAAGGUUUUACGACGUGACAGCUAAGCUGCUGUCCGGAGAAACAUUCAGCUUUUCUUCGCUGAAGGGGAAAGUUGUUCUCAUUGAGAAUGUUGCGUCUCUAUGAGGAACAACAAUCAGGGAUUACACUCAAAUGAACGAGCUGCACUCCCGCUACUCCUCCAAGGGGCUCGUUAUUCUGGGUGUUCCCUGCAAUCAGUUCGGACAUCAGGAGAAUGGCAACAACGAUGAAAUCCUCAGGUGUCUGAAGUACGUCCGUCCAGGGAAUGGCUUUGAACCAAAGUUCCAGCUCCUGGAGAAGGUGGAUGUGAAUGGAAAGGAUGCCCACCCACUGUUUGUCUAUCUCAAGGAAAAACUCCCAAUCCCCAGUGAUGAUGCUGUGUCUCUCAUGACUGAUCCAAAGUUUGUCAUUUGGAGUCCAGUGUGUAGGAAUGACAUAUCCUGGAACUUUGAGAAGUUCCUGAUCGGUCCUGAUGGGGAGGCUUACAAGCGCUACAGCAGACAUUUCCUCACUAUUGACAUAGAAACAGAUAUUAAAGAGCUACUUAAGAGGGUCAAGUAAAAUGCACUGCAACACACUAAGGGUGACUGUUAGGAUAUCAGUAACAGCCACCCUGACUAAAGUGAUUAAUCAGCAGACACAAAUGUUUAGGGUAUUUUAUCUUUACUUCCAGAUUCACGGCUUUGAGUCGAUUUGAGCUCUGCAAAGGGAGAGAUAUUUACAGUUCAUACACUAUGGUUGUUCAGCCUAUUUACUGAAUGAAAAAACUGCUUGAAAUAUAUCUGUGAGGGGAGUUUCUGAUGAAAAUGUAAAAGUUUGACCCUACCAAAGUGUAUAAUUGUAAAUGUUUUCAAUUGAUGGACUGAAAAAAAAUAAAUAAAUAUGCUAUAUUA